CAAUUUCUUAGUUGUUUGUUUUAUAAUUCUUUUGGGGUUUUCACGCUUUCCCUUGAUAUGCUCGUAGCAGUGCAAACAAAAGUUGUUAUCAGCAACCAACAAGGAGAAAAGCUUGUUGGGAUUCUUCAUGAUACUGGUUCCAAGGAGCUUGUCAUUAUUUGCCAUGGAUUUCAGUCUUCCAAGGAACGCAUACCAAUGGUGAAUCUUGCUGCUGCGAUAGAGAGGGGAGGAACAUGUGCUUUCCGCUUUGAUUUUGCUGGAAAUGGGGAGAGUGAAGGAUCGUUCCAGUAUGGCAAUUAUCAUAGUGAAGCCGAUGAUCUACGUUCCGUAGUGUUACACUUUCGUGAGACACAUGAAAUAAAAGUACUUAUUGGGCAUAGCAAAGGGGGGAACGUUGUCCUCUUAUAUGCUUCAAAGUACAAUGAUGUUGAUACGAUUGUGAACAUUUCUGGUCGAUUUUAUCUGGAGAGAGGCAUUGAAGGUCGACUGGGCAAAGACUACCUCCGCAGGAUCAAAGAAACUGGAUACAUUGAUGUUAGGAAUAGAAAAGGCGAGGUAGCUUUUCGUGUGACUGAAAAGAGCCUGAUGGAUCGUCUAAACACUGAUACUCACAGAGCAUGCUUAUUGGUUCCCCAAGAAUGCCGAUCACAGUUCUUCGACUAGUUUCUGGGCUUUGCACACCUCGCUUAGUUUCUACUUCUCCUUCCUACCCAGAAAAUUUAGAAGCAAGUAGAGCACACAUACCAGACAUGUCCAUUUUCACCCCUCUUGUCCACAUGUAUACAUUUCAGGGUGUUGACGGUACAUGGAUCCAAAGACCAGCUUGUACCAGUUGAAGAUGCCGUGCAAUUUUCGAAGCGCAUAAGAAACCAUCGCCUGUGCAUUGUAGAUGGUGCUGAUCAUGAAUACACGUCGCAUCAGGAGAACCUAGUUUCACUGAUAUUAGAUUUCUUGCGGGAAGCGCAGAGGGACUGUCAUUCUUUGCGCUCAAGAUUCUGAAAAUUAACUGAGAACUUCACUCGCAGCCAUUUGGGAUGGAUCAUCUUGUCACUCUAAUGAG